UGAAUAAUGGCUCAAAGACUUCUUUUCGACAUGAGUGCGUAAGUGAAAGUUUGAUUCUUUGCCGUUGAAAAUUGACGCUGCUUGAGCGCCUGAGUAUGUCAUAGUGACCACGUCAGUACUGGUCAUUACUCUGUUCCCUUUAGCCCUUUACUUGUCGCGAAUUUCUGGAAGGACAAAAUGAGCGGCUUGGAAGCUGCUGCCUCGCUUUUUGGAUCAGAAGAUGCCGGCUCUGACCCAUUUGCAUCUCUUGGUUCGGACGAUCAACCCCCAAUUGCGGCCCAUGGAGCAAAUGAUGACCUGUUUUCUGUAAACGACGUUUCUGCAGCACCGGACUUCUCGGUAUCCUCUCAGGCUUAUUCUGGACCAGCUGUCUCGCAGGAUCCUGUUUUUCAGCCCGCAGAACAGCACAGUUCAUGGCCAGAAACAAAUGGUUAUGACCCAAAUUUGCAGAGUGUUCCCCCGACUUCAGAGCAGAGUUAUGGAGGUUACGGAGCUCAGUCCAGCUAUGAUGAACAGUGGCAAAGUCAUUCGCAACCAGCGUCGUAUGCCCCAGCUUUUACCAAUGGCAACACUCAAGCUGCUCAGACGUACAAUGCAUAUACUCCCUCUCAGCACUACAACGCGUCUCAGUCUUAUACAGCCAGCACACUUUCACAGUCGACUUAUGACUCCUACGCACCGCCUGCUCCGUCUACAGCAGCAAAUGUGUCACAGGCAUAUGCUCCAACUUCUGUCCCGGCUUCGCAAUCAGUAUAUGAACCUUACGCUCCACCUGCGCAACAAAAGGCUACCGCUGCACAUUCGUACAACCCAGUACCUGCGGCUUCCCCCCAGACAACCUACAAUACGUAUGCUCCACCUCCUCAAUCCACUUAUGGUGUCCCUUCCUACACGUCUUCCCAGAAUGUAUACGGUUAUCAGAAUGCUGCAAUUACCGCUGCAGUCCCCCCUCCUCCGGCGCCUAAAGUUCCUCUGAAUCGGCCAAAAGUAUCGAAUGCCUACGAUCCGCCUUUUCCAACUACAACAUCAAGGAAAUCGUCUCGGAACUCCGCUGCCCCCACUAAUCAUUACUCGUCUUUUUCACCACCUCCACCUCAACUUCCUGUCCAGCGUUCUGUACCGCCGCCCCCGCCUCGCGCCGCACAGACCCCUGUUCAGUCUUUCCAUAGUGGUGACCGGCCUGUCUCAAAUUCAAACACUUACAGCUUACCCUCUCCCGUGUCUAAUGGCUCCCAGUCGAAGAUUGAUGGACUACCUCAUACCAACGGGUUCGAUGCGACAUACUCUACCUAUGCCCUAUCUCCAACCAACUCUACCCUGGAUGCACAACACUCUACGCCCUUGAACCAGGCUAAUGAUGACUUUUAUGCUUUACCGCAUGAAAAAACUGAACCGGAGAUCAAUGAGACUGCGGUUGAAGAUCCAUAUAUUGGUCUUUCGAGUGGUGUCCAGGACUAUCAACGUCCUAAUAAUAUCCCUGUCGCGCUUAACAGCAGUAUGAACACGGCAUCCCCUCCUACUUCGUACCGCAAUAGCUCCCCCGAAACUUCCACGUUGCCUCCGCGAUCGGAAAGUCCUUUCAAAAUACAUUCUCCUCCUGCAGGAGGUCCUCCCAAAAGAGCUUCAUCUGCUGCUUCCUUCAGACCUCCUCCUCCUCGUACCCAAAGUCCUUUAUCCGGCGGGUCUGAACUGUCAAGACCGAGGUCUUCCAACUCAGGCAUACGUACUUCACACAUAGGCUUGAAACCUCAUAGUGGCGUUUCUCUCGAUUUGUAUAGCCCUAAGAUUGGUCAAAUUCCAGAGGAGUCUAAUUUGUCCAAUGGUGUGGCGACGUCACUUGAUUUUUAUGCGCCCAGUUAUCGAGCUUCAUUGCCUUCGUCCCCAGAAAUUUUACCUUUUGGUUCACCGAAUCCUUCCAAUCCCUAUACUCCCACAGCCAAUCAGGCCUCUUCAAUAUCUUCACCACCUCCACCUCGUCCCCCUCCUCAAUCACGUGGGUCUUAUGAUGUUAAUCCAUACCUUCCGAAUUCCAAACCAGUAACCCCUCCACAUAAUCGGUCCAUGUCUAAUGGGUCGAUUUUGUCGACACUUUCUGAAGACCCUUAUGCGCCCUCCAAGUUUCAGUCUGGCGAAUCAUAUACGUCUAGGUAUAAUUAUCUAGACAACGAUCAAGCUUCGCCGAACCCUGGAUCUGCGUCGUCUGGCAUAUCGAGUCUUGGUCCACCUCAAGACAUCAAGGCUCCCACAUACACGCCGUAUGCUCCUUCGCCAUCCCUUUUAGGGACUAACGACCCCCUCGGUCGUGCUGGAGCCCGGGUUCCGGUGUUUAGCUUCGGGUUUGGUGGAAAAUUUGUGACCUGCUUCCACGGUGCUGAUAAAAUGAACACCGGAUUCGACGUUGCUCUAGCCUCUCGAAAUUCGACCGGAGUAGAGAUUCGAGCACUGAACAAGAUCAUCCCAAAUUCUGCCUUGAAUCUGUCUUCCGUCUCCUUCCCUGGGCCUUUGUUUUCAGACCCGGGAUCUCCAACGAUUGGUUUAGUUAGACCCGGAGCUGCUGCGCAAGCAAAGACGAAGAAAGCGCGUGUUGUCAAAUACUUGGAAGAUCGGGUCGAGGAAUUCUCGCAGGGGCUAGGUUAUGUUCCAACUGGAAGUGAAGAUCAGGGUCGAACAGAGAGUAAACUCAUCUUAUUCAAGAUCUUGAAAGUGCUGGUCGAGAACGAUGGAAAAUUGUCUGGAACACCUUCCAUGGACGCCGCUGUUCGUGCAGCUCUAGUGCCCCAAACGGGCGCGGAUCCCAAUGGCGCAGAAAGUUCCAACUUCACAUCCGUAGCUGACUUACAGGGCGCAGACGGUACAUUGAUGGGUCUAUCCAAUACUUCAAGUUCUGGGGAGACCCCUAUCUCUAUCACUACUCUUCGGCCUUCAGCAUUAAAUAAAAUCGAGCGCUUUCUUCUUCACGGAGAACGUCGACAAGCGUAUCAUUACGCUCUUGAUCAAAAACUGUGGUCGCACGCAAUGAUCAUUGCAAGCGGAAUUGACAAGGAGGCGUGGCAAGAGGUUGUCAAUGAAUUCCUCAAAACAGAAUUAGGAACUCAGGCUCCUUCGAUGGGCCCUUCUAAUGGAAGAGAAAGCCUCAGAGUCGUGUAUAGCUUACUCUCUGGACAAGGUGCCAAAGCAGUUCAUCAAUUGGUACCAAAGACUAGUUUGUCAAAUCCCGCUGCUGUACUAUUGGCCCCUAUGACAGUAUCCGCAACUCCGAUGACACCGAAUUUCUCCGUCCCCAUGCCUGCAGCGAACAUUCCUGCAGAAUCAUUAUCGAAGUGGGCUGAGAUUGUAGCGAUGAUGCUUUCAAGCACGGUGAACGCGGAAACUUCCGCUACGAUGACUGCGUUGGGCGAUCAACUCGCAGGUAACGGAUGGACCGAAGCGGCUCAUGUCUGUUACCUUCUGUCCCCUCAAACAUCUACAGUGGCUGGAUCACAGCAUCCUUCUGCUCGUAUCGUACUUCUCGGUGCUCGAAACCCUCAUUUGUCUUCAAACUUCUUGAGUGACCCAGACCCAAUUAUUCUGUCGGAGAUCCACGAAUUCGCGCUUUCGCUUGCACCAGUAUCAAAAGGUCAAGAAGCAUUUGGGGGUUUACCACAUCUUCAGGUUUAUCGCUUCAUCCGAGCUAUUGGUCUUGCUGAACUAGGCGAGGUCUCGAUCUCGAAUAGGUAUUGUGAAGCGAUAACUGCAUCCAUGAACAGACCGUCAGCAUAUUACACAAACGUCAUGUUGGAGCAGUUAAAAGGUCUAUCUGAUAGGAUCGUCGGCGUCACUCAGGCUGACAAAGGAGGUUCGUGGAUGGGUAGCAAGUUAGCUAAACCCAGUCUUGAUGGAAUUGGAGGCUGGCUCGAGGGACGCUUUGCUAAACUGGUCACUGGGGACAUGGAAUCACCCACUGCCACCGAACAUCAACGCGAAAAGACUGAUGAGCGUGGAUUUGUAGGUCCAUUCUCACAAUAUAGUACAAUCUCUUCCACCACUACAUCCACGACGCCAUCGCCUCAAAGCUCGGUUGUUAACCUGAACGCUUAUGCUCCGCCUCCACCCCGCACUGGAUCUGCGUUGUCAACUCGUUCACUAGCUCCUCCCAAUGGAUCAACAGAAAGAGCUUCUUCAGCUAUAGAUCAUUCGCGCCAAAGACUUCAACCUUCGGCUCCAAGGGUGACUUCUGCCAAUGCUUCCACAACCACAUUUUCACAAGCUCAGUCUCGCUCGUUUGGUCAAGCCACUGCUGCUAAGUACCCCACUAGUCCAAACGAUUUGCUGACGCCUCGGCCUGCUCUUGGAACUACAGAGGAAGACGAAGGGCAAGAGGUCACUUGGUGGGGCUCUGGCAAUGCUGCGACGCCCACUACAGCAUCAUUUGUCCAACUCAGUGGUAGCGCUCUCACACCUACCGUCGAUGGAUUCAUUUCUUUCAUGGACAACCACGACCAUUCUAUCGGGUCAACAUAUCAGGCGAAAUCCGAUGGUUCACCGAUCCACAAUGCAGAAGAAGAAGAAGAGGAUCUUGGCUUUGGUAACUCGAAGCCCAAACCAAAAUCUGCAAGUGACGACGCGGACAAGUCUGGAGUUGCAAAAACGGAAGAACACAAGGCUGCGCCAGCUCGUCCAGAUAUAAAUCCUUCGCAAGCGCAAGCAGCGCCAAGCUCUGGAUCCUGGCUUAGUCGGUUAUGGAAGCGUGAAUCUACACCAGGUCCUGUUAAAGCCAGUUUAGGGGAGGAGAGUUCUUUCUAUUACGACAAAGAACUCAAGAAAUGGGUGAACAAAAAAGUCGGAUCGGAAGAUGUUUCCAAACCCGCGACGCCACCUCCACCUCCGUCGAGAGCACAGACAACAUCUCCGGGUGGAGUUCCAAGACCGGCAAGUGGGCCGCCAUUGGCAGGAAUGCGGCCUCCAAGCGCAGGACCUCCGCCGCCGCGUGCGGCUUCGGCGAUGGACAAUCCACCAUCUGCUGGUAAACCUCCCAUGCGAGUUAGGUCCAACUUGGUUCCCUCAGACGAAGGAGGACCUGGUUCUGCGCCAAGUACACCUACUGGGUCUCGUUUAGCCCCUCCUGGCCCUCCACCCGGGCGGCCAAGGUCUCAGGCCUCAAAACGCAACGUUCGAAGUCGAUACGUAGAUGUGUUCCAACAAGAAAGCUCCUCAUAGAGAAAUAAAUAACUCACUUAUGUACUUUUUACUUAUUUGUUUUUUUGGCACAGUCCUUCCAGCAAGUUCCACCAGGCAUAUGAACAAAUGAACAUGUUAACUUUCUCUUGUACGUAUUUUCUACAAGAGUAGUUUGAAAGGGUAUCCUCUGUUUU